AAAAAAACAUUAAUUUCACAAGCCCAGCUGUGGUACGCACUGAAGGAUAUCGUGUUUUAUGCGUCAGUGUCUCACUGCGCAGUCGCCGCUGCAGUGGGUACUUGUACAGUGGAUGUUGAAAGAAGGAAAAUGGCUCUCGACAAUUUCAUUUUUGCACAAUGCAUCCUCUAUUUCUUGGCGUUUGUUUUCGGCUUCAUUUCCGUUGUGCCUCUCUCAGAAAACGGCGAAGAUUUUCAGGGGAAAUGUCUGCUUUUCACGCGGGGCAUGUGGCAGAACGAGAACAUCACUGUAGCCAAGCAACGCUUCAUCGUUGAGGAGUGGGGACCAGAGUCCUCUUGCAGUUUCAUCACUUUUGUCGGGAUAGUCUCCCUCGUUCUUUCAGCAGUCCAGGCAUGGAGAUUACUCUUCUUUCUUUGCAAAGGCCACGACGACUCCAUAUUCAAUGCCUUCCUCAACCUGCUGCUCAGCUCUUUCAUGGUGUUUGCCAUCUUUGUGGCCAGCACCAUUGUCACUGUGGGCUUCAACCUGUGGUGCGAUGCCAUCACAGAGGACGGGACCAUGCCUAACAGUUGUGAGGAAUUGCAGGACACUGAUUUGGAGCUUGGCUUGGACAAUUCCUCUUUCUAUGACCAGUUUGCUAUUGCACAGUUUGGCCUGUGGGCUGCCUGGCUGACCUGGCUGGGCAUCACCAUGCUGGCCUUCCUGAAAGUGUACCACAACUACCGACAGGAGGACCUCUUAGACAGCCUGAUCCACGAGAAGGAGCUGCUGCUUGGGCGCUCGUCUCGCAGGGGAUCGGACGCGGAGGAGAAGAGCGCCAUGAUAUAACCUCCGCAGGAAGUGUGCGUUACUCACAAACGUCCCCCACAGCCGACAGGCUUAGCUGAGGAGUGUUGGUAAACCCUUUUGGAAAACAGUCAAAUACACCAUUCGGUGACAUCUUUGAUUUUGUCCAAGGAUGCGCGUCAUGGAAAUUCUGGGGCCAAUGUACAUAUUUGUCUGACCUUAUUUAGAGGUGCCCAUAUCUUCCCGUUUUAUAUUAUAGCACAAACUGCAACCAUUUCCACAUUCACAGAAGAAGUAGAUUAGCACAGAUGUCAACUUAAAGAGGAAAGAUGAAACAAAAUAUAUUAACAUGCUUACGUUACUGUUAACAAAGAUAUAGAGUGCUACUAUAGAGUCUCUGUAUAGCUUUGCUAGUCAGUUUGGCUGAUGAGAAAGAUAAAAAUAACGUAUUCAGAAGGCUAUGAUUAGGCUCUUUUUUGAGCAUGACAUAUUUGCCUAAUUUAAUGUGUCACAUUAAAUUUGUUGACGCUAUUAUUGGCCAAACCUAAUGUGACUCCUGUAUUAUCGUGCAUCGCUAAUUUAAUCCCUUUACUGACAGAGGGGCAGUGCUUUAUUUUGCAGAACCUUUGUGCCACCGUUCUGAUCCUGCUUUCUGCUACAGAUAACGCACAGGGCUAAGAACCUGCUAAUCCGGCAAAGUCCUUUUUUGUUUUGGGCUCUGUACAAGUAGUUAUAUGUAUCCAAGAAAGUCAUUCCUCCCCCUUAAGGCACACAGCAAGCAUAAAUGAGCAGCAAGAAGCCAUUUAAUAUGAAAGUAAUGUUGCAUUGAACAUUUCUUUCCAUGACCGGCUCAGCAACACAAAGCAAACAAUUCCCCUCUGAACUGAUCCUAAAGCGAUGGAAUUGACUUAAUCAUUAUUUCUCUCUUGUCAUGCUGCAGUGCUCAGUGGAAUUUGGAUAACCUGAUACAUUUGCUUCAUGGUAACUGCCAGUUCCAGCAUUAUAGUAUACAACAAAAUUGCCAGAAUUGAAAAUUAGCAGUCUGCCAUUGAAUAUUUAACAAAACAAGCCAAUAAACAGGACAGUUUACUAUACAGUAGCUGUCACUGAAACAUGUCAGACUUGGAAUGGGCAUUCUAGAUUACAUUUUCAAAGAAUCAGAUCCUGUUAUUCCCCAAGUACUGUAACCUAAUAUUCCUUGUAAAUGAUGAACCUGCCAGUUAAGAUAUUUGCGUAGUUACGCUUCCCGACUGGACAGCUAAUGAUAACUCUGCAUUUUCUAUUUUGUAGGAUUCUUACGCACUCCUUCAUGUUCCAUCAGUGUCAAAAGACAGACCUAGGAUAAAUUCUCAUUUGCAAUAACUUUUUUAAUUCUCACAGGACACCCCUGAACAGACCUUGACAUUUUCAAAAAAACAGGUUACUAAACAAAAAUAAAAAAUCACAUAAAUAAAAAAAUAGUUCAUAAAUAUUGCUGAAAAUGGACGCUUCUAAAAUUCAAAUUUUUCGUCAAGAAAUCCUAAAUUGUAAAUUUUUCAAAUAAUCACAAAUUGUUUUGAAUUUCAAAUAGUAUUUGAAAAUUGUAAGUCUGGUUAGUUCACAAUAUACUAAUCACAAUGUACUGUGUGUAUGUGUGUGUGUGUGUGUGUGUGCGUGUGUGUGUGUGCGCGCAUGUAUACCUGGAUGAAAUAGUUUAGUAUAAAUGCUUUUCAAGUAAUUUAUUUGCCCCAGGACUGGUGCACAAUGUGGCUACAGGAGGCACAGGUGAGGGCGUUGGGGGAAGUUUGUGAAUAACCACCUACAUUUGAUGUGCGUGUUUUGUUUGGCUGAACUGGUGCCCUAGUGACCUCAGUAUUUUGCAUGCUGCAGCAAGAUGUAGUGUGUGCUUUCUCAGUGUCACAUGUACACAGCUAGCAAGCACUGUAUUUUGUAAAACGCUCAGAACGUUAUAAAUUGACCGAUGUGAUAUUGGCUCAGCUUUGUUUGCACUUUUUUUUAUUGCCUGCCCACCAACCUUCCCACCAUUCCUAAAUUGUACUUGUGUACAAUUUAUAGCUGUGUAAAUACCGUAUGUUAUACGCUUUUUUUCGCAUGAAAAGUGGUGGUGGCAGUGACCAUGACAGAUUUAUUUUAUUUUAUUUUACUUACAAAUCUUUACCUCCCAACACCUGACUUUCACAACCCCUUAGGAGAAAUACAUAGUUUACAAGAGCGGUUAUCCAUGCCUCAGAACUCACAAAACCAAACCACUGCCAUCUCACUCUGAUGGACUUACAUUCUUAAAGGCAAAUGCCUUAUAAAUGUAUGACCUCUCAAAUCUUAACGCAUUUUCAUUACAUAGCAUAGAAGCUUGUCUCUGUAAUACAGGCCUUGCUUGAACAUAUGGUUUAGUUAUGUGAUAAAUAUAUAUCCUAUAUUUGACUAUACUUUUGCCAAAUGUUCUAGUUCUUAGCUUUCAAUCAACAGCAGUCUUUUCACUGACCUCGCAACAGAAUGCUACACUGCAAGAUGUGGGAGACAAUCUGGUUCACAAAGACAGUUUUAUUCAAAAUAAUUUAAAUAAAAAAAUAAAGGUAGAAACAAACAUAACCUUAUGAAAGGCACUUUCUUUAAACGUGAUUGCAUACAUGUUGAAAUACAGAUGUAAAACAAGAAUCAGCAAUGAUAGACCAUGUGAACUUUCUGGGGAUAUGUUUUAUUGCUUGAAAGGGCUGACAUUUCAGCAGGAAUUGUAGAAUAUGAAACAUUCUCUAUGAAUAUCGACAGUAUUCUUCUGGACAACUGUUGCACCGUAUUGCUUUGAAAUUCAAGUGUAACACUUAUAGAGGCUGUCUUGCUAUUUACAGUAUGGUUGUGUUCCCUGAAACUUAUAAUGCAAAGAAUACAAAUUAUUGGAAACAGUGUUUUGUGUUUUAUCGCUUUCAAAUUAAAAUAAUACAAAACAUAUAUUUAA